AUGUCUCCUCACACGCCUUCCCCGUCCUCCCAACUUUUGAAGCCACAGCGGGUGCUUGCGUGUGUCCUCUGUCAGCAGCGCAAAGUGAAGUGUGAUCGCAAAUUUCCUUGCGCAAAUUGCACCAAGUCCCGGGCGCAAUGUGUACCGGCAAAACUGGCUCAGCGCCGACGAAGACGCAGAUUUCCCGAACGAGAGCUGAUGGAGCGACUCCGCAAGUACGAGAACUUGCUCCGUCAAAACAGUAUUACCUUCGAACCACUCCAAAACGAUUUGGCUAGAGAGAAAGAAUCUCUCAACGCGGAGAGUGACGAUGAUUCGGACGAUGAGCAUCCGGAAACUGUGGGGCCAGAUUUGUCCACCCUCUCGACUACCGUCAAGUCCGAAAGAGGUUAUGAAGCCAAGAACAUCUGGCACGCCAUGAGCCAAGGAUUCCGAGACUCGGACAAUGACGACGAUUCCUCACAUGACGAUGUGCGUGAGACGGCUUUCAAGAAGGCGUGGGAUCAAUCGGUUGACAGUGAUGACCAUCUUCUGUUUGGCACACGGGGGCUAACUGUCGACCUUUCGACUUUGCAUCCCGACCCAGUUCAGAUUUUCAGACUCUGGCAGAUUUACUUGGACAACGUAAACCCCCUGCUCAAGGUCACACACACUCCCAGUCUGCAAGGACGCAUUAUAGAAGCUGCCAGUAAUGUUAAAAAUAUCAAUCCCACCCUGGAGGCGCUCAUGUUCAGCAUAUAUUGCAUGUCCAUUCUAAGUAUCAUCGUGGAGGAUUGCCAGAACAUGUUUGGUUCUUCAAAAGAGGAUCUUUUGAUGAGGUAUCAGUUCGGAUGCCAGCAAGCGCUGCUGAACUGUGGGUUUUUACGGACUAGCGAUCGUGACUGCUUGACUGCAUUAUAUCUCUACCUAGUCUCUGUCAGACCCAGCACCGCUCCUCAGUCUCUGUCCUCUAUGCUUGGUGUCGCAAUCCGCAUUGCGCAACGCAUGGGUGUUCACAGCGAGUCGGCUUUGGCAAAAUGUACUCCUCUUGAGGCCGAAAUGCGCCGAAGGCUGUGGUGGUCGCUCAUACUCUUUGACACUCGCAUCAGCGAGAUCGCCAACUCCAAGACCGUAACGCUAGAUCCCACUUGGGACUGCAAGAUUCCUCUCAAUGUGAAUGAUUCUGAGCUCCGACCAGAGAUGAAGGGGCCACCAGCGAUUCAAGGAAAAUCCAGCGAGGCAUUUUUUGCUGUUGUACGUGGCGAGAUGGGUGAAUUUAUCCGCCACACCGUAUUCCACCUCGAUUUGACCAGUCCGGCUUUAAAGCCCAUUGCCAAGCAUUUUCAGAACGGUCUUGCUCGAGAAGGAGGAGAGCUGGUCAAGCUCGAGGAGAUGAUUGAGGACCAAUAUCUCAAGUUCUGUGACCAAGAGAACCCAAUCCACUUCAUGACGACCUGGACAACGCGAGCAUACCUUGCCAAAUGUCGCCUCCUGGAACACCAUUCAAGAUAUUCUAGCUCGUCCGUGCGUCGGACGGAGGCACAGCAUGACGCUGCCACUUCUCAUGCGCUUAGGAUGCUCGAGUGCGAUACGAAGAUCAUGACCUCACCCCUGACCAAAGGAUUUCUCUGGCUGAAUCACUGCUAUUUCCCAUUUCCAGCAUACAUUCAAAUCACACAAGACUUGAGAAGGCGGCCGAUUAGCGAGCAAGCUCGACAGGCUUGGAACAUUAUGAGUGACAACUACGAGACUUGGUUCCAUUCUCAAUUUAGAGCCGAUGGUCCUUUCUUCCAAAUUUUCACCAAAAUUGUCCUCCAGGCAUGGGAGGCAUGUGAAACAGCCUCCAAGCAAUUGGGAGAGACUUUGGCACCACCACGAAUGGUGUCAUCCAUCAAACACACCCUGGCACAAAUAGCGCAACAUGCAAGGAAUACUGACACAGAACAGCCGAACAGCAUUAUGGGCACGGGGGGAACUGAUCAGUUUCCGAUACCAACGCCGAUAGGCUUUGCUAACCAGAACCUGCCGUAUAGUAUGGGAAUACAGAAUAGUUACGCAGUGAUGAGGCCGGAGAUAUACUCUGGCUUACCAGGACAAGCUCCGUUAGACGUUCAUAUGAACCAACUGGACUGGACUGCGUUAGGCGAACGGGUCAGUUGGGAAGGCUUCUGA